UCAUCUUCUUCUUCGUCAGCCUCCCUUCCACCGCCAUAUUGGGCAACUAAAAAAGGAGGGGGGCUCGUGCUUUCGGGGUGUUUUUCCCCCCUCAUCCCUUGUCCCGACUCACUCGCGGCUCCGAGACUCGCGCGGCGGCAAGGUUUGGAGAGGGGCUGCGUUCGCGGGACCCACGGGCUCGCCCCAGCCUACACUCCGACUGUUUGCCACCUCCUCCUGCCUCCUCCCCUCCCUUCCCCGCCCUCCAGUACACUUGAUCACUGAAGCCUCGAGCUGCGCGGCCCGGGCGUCCCUGCGCCUCUCUCCCCCAGACCUGCGCGCUCUUGCGGCUCGGACGGUCGCUCGCCUGGCUCUACUCCACUUGGCCGUCUCUGUGUGCAGUCGCAGAACUUCGAAGUGGGGUUUGCGCUGCGGCAGGGGCGUUUCGCUUUUGUUUGGUUUUGUUGUUUAUUUCAUUUCAUUUUUUUUUUUUUUCGGAGAGAGGCGAGGCGGUGGUCCACACCCGCCCGGGGAGGAAGAUGUCAAACGUGAGAGUGUCUAACGGGAGCCCGAGCCUGGAGCGGAUGGACGCCAGACAAACGGAGCACCCCAAGCCUUCCGCCUGCAGAAACCUCUUCGGCCCGGUCAAUCAUGAAGAACUAACCCGGGACUUGGAGAAGCACUGCCGAGAUAUGGAAGAAGCGAGCCAGCGCAAGUGGAAUUUCGACUUUCAGAAUCAUAAGCCCCUGGAGGGCAGAUACGAGUGGCAGGAGGUGGAGAGGGGCAGCUUGCCCGAGUUCUACUACAGACCCCCGCGCCCCCCCAAGAGCGCCUGCAAGGUGCCGGCGCAGGAGAGCUUGGAUGUCAGCGGGAGCCGCCAGGCGGUGCCUUCAAUUGGGUCUCAGGCAAACUCUGAGGACCGGCAUUUGGUGGACCAAAUGCCUGACUCGUCAGACAGUCCGGCUGGGUUAGCGGAGCAGUGUCCAGGGAUGAGGAAGCGACCUGCGGCAGAAGAUUCUUCUUCGCAAAACAAAAGGGCCAACAGAACAGAAGAAAAUGUUUCAGACGGUUCCCCGAAUGCUGGCACUGUGGAGCAGACGCCCAAGAAGCCCGGCCUUCGACGCCAGACGUAAACAGCUCCGAAUUAAGAAUAAUUCCUUGUUUAUUAGAUACAUCACUGCUUUAUGAAGCAAGGAAGACAUACAUGAAAAAGUUUAAAUACAUAUCGCUGACUCCAUUGAAUGGACAUCCUGUAUAAGCACUGAGAAAGCAAAAACAAUAACACUAAACAUUUUAGGCACUCUUAAACCAUCUGCCUCUAAAAGCAUUGGAUGUAGCAUUGCGCAAUUAGGUUUUUCCUUAUUUGCUUCAUUGUACUACCUGUGUAUAUAGUUUUUAUCUUUUACUAUGUAGCACAUAAACAUUAGGGAUGGGAGGGCAGGGUGGGGCUGAGGAAUCAGCAUGGGGGGGAGGUGAAGAACUUGCUUCAGUUUGUAGCAAGGAGAAAAAAUAUUUGACUUGCAUAAAGAGAAGCAACUUGGGUGGGGGGAAGGGCUUGAAUUCCUUUCUUUAAAGAUGUAGUGUCCUUUCGGUGAGAACUGAUCCUUUAUUUUUAAAAUAAUCAAAAUUUGAAUAAUCGCCACAGGGAGUUGCUAUUUACUUUUACCUGAAGCAUAUUCUCAUUUGGGAGUUCCGAAGAUUCUGUUAUGUAGCAAGAAAUGGCUUAAAAAAUUUUUUUUUCUUGAAAUUGGAAUUUAUCAGUUAAUUGUUUAGCGGUAAUCACCCCCAGAUAACACUGGGCAAAACUCUGGGGUACAUGAUAAGAAAUUCUGAAUUCUUAGAAUUGACUAUCUCAGAUCAUAUUUGCUGAGAAAAUUUCUUAGUGUUCUUUUCACAGUGAACAUAAUCCUAAGUCCUUGGAUAUUUUUAGAAGUCUUUUAACUUUACACAAAUAAUGAAAUAAUUUUUUUUCUUUUUAAAUUCAAAGUUUCUCACCCUAAUUGUUAAUUUGCCCCCAAGGAAAGUUGUUUUUAAAAGAAAAGAAAAAGGAUACUUGUAGAGUGAGUGAAAUGGAUACUACACCUUUAAACAGUGUUUCUUCAUUGCCUGUGUAUGAGAAAAACUUUGAAUUGUGCCUGUGUAUAUAACUCUGUAAAGACACUGAAAAUUAUACUAACUUAUUUAUGUUCAAAAGAGAUUUUUUUUUUAAUCUAGACAAUAUACAAGCCAAAGUGGCAUGUUUUGUGCAUUUGUAAAUGCUGUAUUGGGUAGACUAGCAUCCCUCCCCCCUUUUGUUAAAUAAUAUGGCUAUGCUUAAAAGGUUGCAUACUGAGCCAAGUAUAAUUUUUGUAAUGUGUGAAAAAGAUAGCAAUUAUUGUUACACAUCAAGCAAUCAAUAAAGAAAACUUCCAUAGUUAA